AUGCUUCCUAAUUUAAGAAUUCUCUAAAAAACAAGAUCCACUGCUACAACUUCUGAUAUUUCAUAAAAAAGAAUGCUUUAAAAAAGUGAACAUCAUGAAGUUUAAUCUCUAAAAUCUUAAAUCGAAUCUUUAUAAAAACAAUUAGAGCAAGUUUAAAGUAAUAAAUCAUUUGUAAUGAAGAUAACUUCUCCAUCUUCAUGUACAUAAUGUUCUAAAUUUAAAGUAAUAAUAUAUUCCUAUUCUCUCAGCAAUAAUUAGAUCUUUAAUAAUUAAAUGAAAAAAUCGCUAAAAAAAAUUAUGAUCAAAAAAUUGAAGAAUUGUAAAAGCAAUCAUAAAAGAUUAUUCUUACUAAAGGUAAAUCUAUUGAAGCAGAAACUAAAUAUGAUGAUUUACUAUUUAAAUUGAAAUAAAUCUAUUAAUAUGAACUUCUAAUUGAUGAUGAUAACACUAUUAAUAUAAAUAAUAUUUAGAAAAUAUAAUUUUCAUAUAAGAACUCUGCAGAAUAGAAUUAAUAAACUAAUUCAUAAUUACUAUCAUAACUUGAAGAAUAAAAUCAAAUUAUCAAAAAAUAAUCCUUGUUAAUCAAAAAUGCAAAUUCAUAAAUUGAACAAUAAAACAGCUAUAUUUCGAAUCUUCAAAAUUAAUUAGAGGCUUUUAAAAAAUAAUUAAAGGAUCGCUCAGAAUUAAACAAAAAAACUUUAUAAACAUUACCGAAUGAGAUUCCAUCUCCAAAAUUAAAUACUGAUAUUCAAUAGGAUAAAUCUCUUUUAUAAUAAUUAUUAUUUUAAAAUUAAUCUCUUAAAGAAAAACUAAUUUAAUAAAAUCAUUAUAUUGACAAAUCUGCUGAAGAAAACUAAAUAUAAAGGCAUCUAUUGAGAAUCGAAGUCUUAGAAACUGAACUCAAAUUAAGUCUUCGCUGUUGUAGAUGCUAAAAUUUAUUUGAAAAACCUAGAACUUAUAUUCCUUGUGGUCAUUCAUGUUGUGAAAAAUGUUAUAAAUAUAAAUGCGAUUCCUGUGAUACAGAAGCUGUGUAUAGGAAUAGAUAAUUUGAUGAAUUAAUUAGAGUAUAUUACAUUAUUAGGGAUACCAAAACAUUCAUUUAAGAAUGCUUAUUGAGAUUACAAACUUGAUGAUGCU